AGCCAUUUGCAAUACAUUUGGUGAGAGACAGACAAAACUCGAUCAAAGCCGAUGGUUUUUAGUUAUUCUCCUUUGUAUGGUUUUCCACAAAACGCUGCGGUUUGGCGUACCCUCCACUGGUUACUUUGUAUAUUUACACUUGUGCUUACGGCAGUCUCAACACCACCUGAAGAUCCAGUCAAGUGUGUGUUGGCAAAUGCAAAUUGCACAGUGACAAACUCAUAUGGAGCCUUCCCUGACCGUUCCACAUGUCGAGCCGCCAGCGUGGCGUACCCAACAACCGAGGAUGAACUCGUCUCUAUCGUGGCUGCAGCCACUAAAGCCGGUCGGAAAAUGCGUGUAACAACUCGUUAUUCGCAUAGCAUAACUAAGCUCGUAUGUACCGACGGAACCGACGGUUUGUUCAUAAGCACGAAGUUUCUAAACCACACGGUGCAGUCAGAUGCAAAGGCCAUGACCUUGACGGUUGAGAGCGGAGUCACGCUCAGGCAGUUGAUAGCUGAAGCAGCUAAGGUUGGAUUGGCGUUGCCUUAUGCACCAUAUUGGUGGGGACUGACCGUGGGUGGUAUGAUGGGAACCGGUGCUCACGGAAGCUCAUUGUGGGGUAUAGGAAGCGCGGUCCAUGAUUAUGUGACUGAGAUCAGGAUAGUUAGUCCUGGCUCGGUCAGUGAUGGGUUUGCAAAGGUUAGAGUGUUAAGCGAGACUACGACUCCUAACGAGUUUAACGCGGCCAAGGUUUCUCUCGGUGUUCUUGGGGUUGUCUCUCAGGUGACUUUUAAAUUGCAACCGAUGUUCAAGAGAUCUUUAACAUAUACAAUGAGAAAUGAUUCGGAUUUUGGGGAACAAGCGGUGACUUUUGGAAAGAAACACGAGUUUGCCGAUUUCUUGUGGUUACCGAGCCAAGGCAAAGUGGUGUAUCGGAGGGAUGACCGAGUUGCUGUCAACACGUCGGGCAAUGGUUUGUAUGAUUUCUUGCCAUUCCGUUCGCAACUCUCUGCGGCUGUAGCCAUCAUAAGAUCAUCAGAGGAGACGCAAGAGAGGUUCAGAGAUGCGAAUGGGAAGUGUAUAGGAGCCACACUACUUUCAUCUACACUGUUUGCUACCUCAUACGGUUUGACCAAUAAUGGUAUCAUAUUCACUGGUUAUCCGGUCAUUGGAAGCCAAAACCGUAUGAUGUCGUCAGGAUCAUGUCUAGAUAGCCUUCAAGAUGGAUUAAUCACGGCGUGUGCGUGGGAUUCGCGUAUAAAAGGCGAAUUUUUUCAUCAAACAACUUUUAGUGUUCCUCUCACGCAAGUCAAAAGUUUUAUUAACGACAUCAAAUCUCUUGUCAAAAUCGAACCGAAGUCUCUAUGCGGCCUUGAGCUCCACUAUGGUAUUUUGAUGCGUUAUGUCACAUCCUCUCCAGCUUUUCUUGGGAAAGAGACGGAAGCCCUAGACUUUGACAUAACAUAUUACCGAGCCAAAGACCCAUUAACACCGCGACUCUACGAGGAUUUCAUCGAGGAAAUCGAACAAAUAGCACUGUUCAAGUAUAACGCAUUGCCACAUUGGGGUAAAAACAGAAACUUGGCGUUCGACGGAGUGAGUAAAAAGUAUAAGAACGCGCCGGCAUUCUUGAAAGUAAAGGAGAGUUAUGAUCCGACCGGUUUAUUCUCGACCCAAUGGACUGAUCAGAUCUUGGGGAUCAAAGGAAACGCAACGAUAGUAAAAAAUGGAUGUGCAUUGGAGGGUUUGUGUAUAUGUUCGGAGGAUGCUCAUUGUGCUCCGGCCAAAGGAUAUUUGUGUAGACCGGGAAAAGUUUAUAAGGAAGCUAGGGUCUGUACACGUGUCAGUGGCAUGGAUGUGGCUCUGGCAGUAAGUUCUUAAUAUUAAUCUUCGUUACAUCUUAAAUCAUAAUUAACCUGUUGGUGUGGGUCGUCAAUAUGUAUUAUGAUAAAUUAAGUAUUGCUUAUAUUAUUGUAAUAAUAUAAUAAUCAAAAUCGGCUUUUGAUCUAAAGAAAAUUGGCUGAGUUGGCUU